UUUCCUCUCUCUUCUUCUAUGCGGCCUCCGCUCGCGCUCUCUCUCCGUGUCUGAUCCCCUCUUCCCGCUUCAAUACCCUAGCACCACUCUCCUCGUCGCCGGCGGCGAUCCAGGGGUUUGCGCAGGGCGCGAGACGCGUAGGAGACGGUGGGACGUGGAAAUGACGCGGCGGUGUUCCCACUGCAACCACGACGGGCACAAUUCGCGGACGUGCCCCAACCGCGGAGUCAAGCUUUUCGGCGUGCGGCUCGACGGAUCCGUGCGGAAGAGCGCCAGCAUGGGGAACCUCUCCCUCCUCGCCGGAUCCAGCGGAGGCGCGUCUCCGGCCGACGGACCGGAACCGGGCGGCGGAUCCGCGGGGGAUGGGUACGCCUCGGAGGAUUUCGUGAAGGGUUCGUCCUCCAGCUGCCGCGACCGGAAGAAGGGUACUCCUUGGACAGAAGAAGAGCAUAGAAUGUUCUUACUUGGCUUGCAAAAGCUUGGCAAAGGUGACUGGCGAGGCAUAUCUCGCAAUUUUGUGGUGUCAAGAACACCCACUCAAGUAGCUAGCCAUGCUCAAAAAUAUUUUAUUCGCAAAUCCAACAUGACAAGAAGAAAAAGAAGAUCGAGCCUUUUCGAUAUGGUACCUGAUGAGCCCCUUGAACCACAACUGUUUCCAAUGAGCCUCCAAGAAUCAGAGUUACAAAGCAACAAGCCACCUCCAAUACCUCCAACUCUGAACGAGGAAUGCGAGUCGAUGGAUUCUAAUGACUCGAUGUUGGGAGAAACAGUUGUCCCAAUUCCAGAAGCUCCCCAGAGCACUUACACCAUGGUACUCCCAACAUAUUAUCCCCCAUUUCUUCAAUUUGCAUCCCCUUACUGGCCCGGAGGUACAUCAGAGACCCCAGAUCAAGCACAUGAAAUUAUAAAGCCAACAGCAGUGCAUUCAAAGUCACCCAUAAACGUCGAAGAGCUCGUAGGUAUGUCAAAACUGAGUAUAGGCGACAACGGGGGAGAAACGGUGUCUUUAUCGUCUUCACUAGGUUUGCUCAGCGGGUCAAAGAGACAAUCUGCCUUCCAUGCAAAUCCAUUCCCGAAGGCUCGCACUUGAUCUCACUAUUCAGGCAGGGUUCCCAGUUAAUUAGCUUCGCCUCCUUGUUAAUACAGUCUUAAAGGUAGUUUCAUUUGCAGACUAUAAAAGACAGCUUAUGUUCGUGAAAUACUCAGAUAAUAUAUACUACUAAUGUAGCAACUGUCUUAUUGUCGAUUCUUUGAGAGAGUAGUUAUAACUCAAGUCUUUGAAAGUUGAAA